UCCCCUCAGUAGUCUCUUGCUGUUUUCGUGACUGCCAGUCAAGCAAAGUGAAUCAACCCUCAUUCCCCUCCCAGCCUUGUCUUACACAGACUCAUCAGGGAGAGUCUGACUCGGCCUGCCUGUCUGCUCGCCUGGCCACUGUCACCUCCUAAUAGGCUUCAGCUGGAGAGAAGUAGGAGGAAGAGAGAGAGAGCACAGGAUAGAAAGGGAGAGGGGGAGAGCGAGGAGGGGGCGGGUGAAAGGAGAGCUGUGAUCCAGACAGCGAAUCACAUGAGCAGAGAUCUGUUUACAAACUGAGCAGGAGAGAAGUCAUCGGCACCAUUACGUGGAGGCAGGGGCUGCUGGAAAAGGCGACAGGAAAAGCACAGGAAUCUCAUCACUUUGUGUGGAAAAUGCGUUUUAUCCUUUGUGUCUUUGCAGAGAAGGCAGACCAGAUGGUGUGAGGAAGACACAGCUUUGAAUGGGCUGCAUUCACCAGCUCUCGCUCUGACGGCUGUAUGCCACCGCUCUUCCUCUUCCUUUGUUACUGGGGAAAACGCUUGACUGUAACGUGAGGGUUACAGUCUAGAGAGAGAAGACUAGACGAAAGUGGCUGACGGCAAGAAGGGGUGAGCCUUGUGACAAUGUUUUGAAAGAAAUCUGUGACUCGCUGUACAUCUGUUUUGUUAUCGUGACUCUAUAGAGGGGUAAAAAAAUGAAAACAGCCAGUGACAACAACUUCAGGUCAAGCAGAGGGAGAUCCAUUGUUGAAGUCAAAGGUGCACGGCAAAUCUUUUACAAUCUGUGCUGCCGCUCGGUUGCUGUGAAAAAAGAGCACUUGGUGUUCUUUUAACUUGAACAAAACAUUUUAGAUACCAAGAAGCAGCUGUUGAUAUUUGUUCCAGUGUUGGCACAGAUUUCAACAAUGAGUGACCUGUCUUUGUAAAUGUUUCAACACAAAGAAAACAAAAUCGCCCUGCCUUCCUCCAUAUGCCAGCAGGUGAUCGUAAUGUGUUAACCAGAGGCGCUGAAGAUUCAAAGCUGUGUUUGUUUUGGGAGUUUUGGGAGUGCGAAACUUGUAUUAUUCAUCUGGUUUUGAGUGAGGGGAUCGGCCCACUCCUUUGGCCCGGUUUCAACACCGUCUCCUUAGACACAAGUUACCGGAUCGUUUGGUAUAGCGGAGCAAUCUAGCACCUAUCCAGUGGUGUAACGCAUGCCUGUGUGACGCAGACUAACAGAUUACAGACAAGUUCUGCAAAAUGACCACAGACAUCACCGGUCGUCUUCCACUCAAUGUCUAUGUCAUCAUUCUCGGGAUAGGCCUCUUUAUCUUCAUGUUGAGCAUGAUCUUCUGUUGCUACCUGUUCAGAUUGAGGCGACAGGGCACACAAGAACAAUAUGGAUAUAAUGAGGUCAUUCUGAAAGGUCCAGGGAAAAAAAUGAGUCUUCUUGGACAGACCUGUGCAGUUUGCCUGGAAGAGUUUCGGAGCCGGGAUGAACUAGGAGUUUGUCCCUGUUCUCAUGCGUUUCACAAAAAGUGUCUGGUGAAGUGGUUGGAAAUUCGCAGCGUCUGCCCUAUGUGCAACAAGCCCAUCUGCAGGCUCCAACCAGACUCUCCGCAGGGGGCCGAGGGGCCCCAGAACCCCCUGGAGGUGUGACAGAAGAGGGACGUCACUGCUCAGAAAUAGGCAGGCUCUCACACACCUAAGAACAACGUUAAAAACACCACAUUACUGGGGCGGGUGGGUGGACUAAUCCCAAAUACACAACAACCGCCCCGUCCACCAAUCACAAGAUUUCUCCUGCGUUGAUGGGGGGAGGGAGGGGAAGCGGGAUUUUCCCAGUGGAACUGAACUGAUGUGCCGUAUUAUUGGUCAUAAUGUAGCUUGCGGCAAGAUAAACUCUUGCCUUGUGGAUUCCAAAACAGACAAAUAUUCAGACCGGGAUGGUUGCACAAAACAUGAGGUCUGAAUUGACACUGUGCAAUAUGUGUGAAUUUACAGAAGAGAGACUGUGGUCACUAUGAUUACCAUAAAGAGUCGUGCUUGGGAAGGCUCAGAUACAGAAUCAAAAGUGAGGAGCAGCUCAAGAGUCCUGACCUUAGGGAUCUGUGAGCUCAUUUGAUUUUACUCUUGCCAAUAUUUUGAUGUUUGACGCUCAUAAAUGUGCUUGUUUAGAGUUACAGAGGUGUUCUGAGUGCUAAAGGGAGCUCAUGGUCUCGAUGAGAACCCACACUGUAAUUCAGAUCCCUCAGAGACAGACUGGAUGAAAUCUGGCCUAAUUUAAGUUAUUUAAGGUGGAUGUUUUGUACUAUUCAUUGCUCUCAAUAAAAUGUAAAGUUUCUGUGA